CUCCGGUGCUCCCGAGCUACAGGACGGCGGAUCGGACCUAGGUGGACCCCUUGACUUGAAACGACAAAAUCUUGGUUGAUUCUCCGAGCCAGCCGAUGGCAGCUUGCCCAUCACGAUGGGCCUGCUCGACUUCUUUUCUCGAAAAGCCGGCAACAAGGGCAAGACGAACGUCGCCCUGAAACCCCCGGUCUGCGACUCUGCCGCCGCGAGAUCACUUCCUGCUCCAGCUGGCGACCACAAGCCCGCCCGCCGCCCAUAUUAUGUUGGCACUCUCCAAGGAGGGCGUCCCGACUUCACUCAGUCGCAGCUCUCCUUUGAUACGGUCUCCGAGGACGAGCGGUCAGCACCGGCCCCACGGGUACCAGUCUUUCCAGGGGAAAGUGUUGAGCGGCCAAGCACGGCACCAGGCACUCGCCCACCGAGCACACUGUUCCGACACUGCGACCUGCGGGAGAAGACUGAUGGUAGGAGGAGGGGCCCCCCGUUAUCUUUGCGCAUGGCAAGACCAGAAACUCCCGCUGCAGGGUUUCGGCCGGGCUCACGCGGCUCCAUCGCCACGCCCGCGAAUGUGUUUCGCCGAGGCUCGGAACAAUCCGGCGCUCCUUCCCUCCGGAGCGCUGGCGGCAAGACAUUCAAGGACAUCCUCGACGCUCAAUCCGAAAUCAGACCAGCCGACUUCAGGGAGAGGGUGAGGGCAGCUGGGACGAGAGAUUACGGCGAGGAUGUGGCAGAAAGGAAUCUGAGCCGAACCGGGCCUGAUAUCGCAGCGGAUCACGUCCGGACCUUCCAGGCAGACAUUGGGAUAGAGCCCCUUCGUUCUUCCAGCCAGCAGAACCUCCACGGGCACAUGUCUCCAGAGACCUCUCUGCUCCUUAGUUCAGAAACGGGCAGGAGGGAAGCUGUUGAGCGCCGCCGGUCAUUCAGCACGUUUAUUCAUCUUAGCUCAGACCACAGUUGGAAAUCACCGAGCGCCCUCCGUCUACCUGAGGUCGCGCCAGCCCCUGCGGUACGUACUGAGAGGCUUCCACGAGACUCCGUGGAACUGGCAAAGAAGAGAGCAGACGCAUCCGCGACAGAACAUGUCAUCGGUUAUGGCUCGCCGCCGAAGGCCGCAGCUCUUCACUCGGCCACCCGCUCGCGCCGUUCAUCAACCGUCGCUUCUGCCGCUUCUGUCGCUCGCAAGCAUCACAGCCUAUACACCCUACGCUCGUCGGUUUCGUCGUCUGUCCUCAGUCGCGAUACCAUGAUCCACCCGACCCCUUUAUCAUAUCCACAUAGAGCAAUUCCUCGGCAUCAAGCGGACCAAGAGCUCGCAGAGGAUUCGACUGGCAGCGUACAUUCCAUGCUCUCUGAGGACAAUGAUGGUUUACAGAUAGACCCUCCUUCAGUUGAGACAAUGUUCACCACGACUCAACGCACAAACUUUACAUUUGGAGACGGGGAAGCAGUCCCACCUCCUUCCUCUCAAAACUGUCCCCUGUUCUCAAACCCCAAAGACCCCUACGACACGAGCAUCACCUUACCAGACAGAACCAUGGGGCGUACCGCAUCUCUUCGAACCCGCAGAAACCGCCCCUUGUCCACUUCAUCUGACGCGCCCACUGCCACGGACAGCUUCGUCACCGCAGCCUCCCACCCGUUCCACAGCCCUCCUCCAUCCCUCGGCACGGCGGAUACAUUGGUCGACCUCGACGCCAGCGUCGGCGCCGCCUCUCCUCGACCAAAGACCCCCGGUUCCAUCCACCACGGUGACAUGAUCUAUGUCUAUUCCAACUCAAAAUCCCGCCUCGAACGUGGGAAGGGACAGGACCGCGGUAAAAGCCCAGAGACAGUUGAUACGUUCAACAUAGAUGACUACCUCUCCACAGACACAGAAGCCGAUUCUGUAGCAACAACCCCGAACCGCCGUCCCACGGCCGAGGGCGAGGAAGACCUCCUAUUCAACGAUGCAGGCUACGGCGCUAGCGGGAUGCAGUUACCCGGUCUGCCCGAUCCAUUCCCCGUCUCUCCCUCAUUUUUUUCAGCGGAUGCAAAUGAAGAGGGAGUGAUAAAGGACGGCGGUGAUGAUAAGAUCAACCUGCUGUAUAUGGCUCGCUUGUAUGGCUUGGAAGCCGGGUACUGGGACUACGGGAUUGGAGUCAGGAGCGAUGAGUCUCUUGUCGGCACUAGGGAGCACAGGUUGAUGGAUGAACAGUGUGAGAGGCGGAGGAGGACGAGGAGAUUCGUGCUUGAUACCGCGGCUGAUGACGAGGACGAGUCUCGGUCUGGGCCGGAAUGGGAUUUAGGUUGGCGAGGGAGAGAACGAAGGGUUGGUUUGGGACUCGGGAGGGAGGUGGAUGAUGAUGACGACGACGGGUAUGAUGCGGAUUUCAUUGAUGACAACUGGGAGGAGCACGUGGAGGGAGAACAACGGCGAUCGCCUCGACAGCACAUGAGAAAGCGAACGAGGAGAUUGUCUGCUCUAUACCGGGUGGAUGACGACCAAAUGAACGAGGAGCAAAGUCGGAUAAAUCAAUCUUGGUCGCAACAGGAUGCCCGACCGGAACAGCAGCAGAGUGACACAGCAGCGGAGGUCGCGGACAAAGUCGAUAUCGCGGAUGCUGCGAGGCUAAGAAAGGAGGCAAAGAGGGCUAGGAGGCUAGCGGGGAUGCCAUCUUUGGCCAGGCUACGUCGACAGGCGAGGAUGUCGAUGCCGGAGCUGCGUCUUGAAUGAAAUGGGUGGAAGAAAGGGGAACGAUACUAUGUUUAAUAUGCGUGAGGUAAACCUUUGUUUUGGAAACAUGGGGGAUAAACUGAGACAUCGGUGGCUUUCGACGGCGUUUAGACGGAAUACAAGGACCGGGGGUGGGGGUGUGGGGGCGGUCUUCGGCAGGGCGGUCAUAAGGAAGCGAGGAGGAUAACGGGGUAUGGAUGAGCCAAAGAUAUACGGCUCUGAUACCUCGAUAAUGUGAGCUAUCUCAAGUGAGUGGCCCUGG